ACAAAUCGAAAGUAGAAUGUCCAUUUAUGGGCAUCAAUGUCACGCAUGCGCAUUACAAGUUUACUUCCGUGUUAAGGCCGGUGUACAUUUCAAGAGUUUUGAAACUUCAAGUACGACCUAACAAUGUCGGAUAAGAUAAAAUUAGAAAGCACAUUUGCCUCCUUGCCAAAGACAACGAGAGGGUUGCCUGUUGUUUUAAGUGGAGAUCCGACAAAGAAUUUGAACAAAGGAUUAAAACCUGGAAAUCUGCUGUAUUGUAAUGGAAAUAAUGUAUAUGUCAGAAAUCUGAAUGAUGCCACACAAUGUUUGGUGUACUCCGAUCAUUCUUGUCCAGCUACAGUGGCUAAGUUUGCACCAACUGGGUUUUACAUUGCCUCUGGAGAUAAUUCAGGGAAAAUUAGGAUUUGGGACACAACAAACCCAGAAAAUAUUUUGAAAUUUGAGUAUCAGCCACUAGGUGGAGCAGUGAAGGAUCUGGCAUGGGAUGGUGAAAGCAAAAGAAUGGCUAUUGUUGGAGAAGGGAGGGAAAGCUAUGCAAAAUGCAUCCUGUGGGAUUCUGGGAGUUCCUGUGGGGAUAUGAGUGGUCAUAAUAAAUCUGUAAAUUCUGUGGCAAUCAGACAAGAACGUCCUUUCAAAGCUGUUACAGCCAGUGAAGAUUUUACCACCCAGUUUUAUAAUGGGGUACCAUUUAAAUAUGUGGAAUCGAAGAGGGAACAUUCAAACUUUGUGCAAUGUGUACGCUAUCAUCCUAAAGGCGAUGUGUUCAUAUCUGUUAGUGCUGAUAAGAAGGCAUGUGUUUAUGAUGGGAAGACAGCUGAGUUUCUAGGUGUUCUUGGUGGAGAAACAUCACAUAAUGGUGGAAUUUAUUCAGUUGAUUUCAAUGAUGACGGCAGUGAGGUGUUGACAGUUUCUGGAGAUAAGACUGCCAGGAUUUGGAAUGUUGCUUCCAGGGAACUUGUUGUAGAAUUUCCAAUGGGAAAUGAUAUAGAGGAUAUGCAGCUUGGAUGUUUGUGGCAAGGGGAACAUAUUAUUACAGUAUCUUUAAGUGGAUAUAUCAACUACUUAGACAGAAACAACCCAUCAAAACCUAAGAAAAUACAAAAGGGUCAUAACAAAGCUAUAACUGCCAUGGCACUGACUGCAGAUAGGUCUACUGUGUACACUGGUGACCAGGAAGGAAAAAUAUAUUAUUGGGAUGUUAAAACUGGCGACUGUGAUAUUAUACAAGGCAAAGGUCACACUAACAAAGUAUCUGAUAUGGUUAUUGUCGGGAAUUCAUUGGUUUCCAUCAGUAUGGACGAUACUUUGAGGAUUACAAGCAUAUCAAGCAAUCAUUAUGAUUCAAAUUCCAUUAAAAUGCCUUCCCAACCACAGGCUGUAGCUGCCACAUCUGAUGCAACAGCUAUUGUAGCUUGUUUAGAUAGUAUUGUAGUUGUUCAAGAUGGUGCUAUGGUGUUUCAGCAACAAGUCAUUUUUAAUCCAAGCAGUGUAGAUAUCCAUCCAGGAGGUAAUAGGGUUGCCUUUGGUGGUAGUAAGAGAAUUCAUGUGUUUGAAUUUGAUGGAACAGGGUUGAAGGAACAAAGGAAAGAGAUAGAUUUUGACACUGAUGAUGUAACUCAGGUCAGAUAUUCCCCAGAUGGUAACUACCUGGCAGCAUCAACUGGUAGUAGAAGAUAUGUUUAUUUGUAUAAAGUGGAGGGUGAUGAAUUAAAGAAGGUGUAUAAAACAACAAAACAGAAUGGUAAGAUAUUUUGUGUGUCUUGGAGUCCAGAUUCGCAGCAUUUCGCCACUGGAAGUUUAGAUGGUAGUAUAGCUGUCUGGUGCCUAGAUCCUAAAUAUGACAAAAGCAACUCUCAUUUUGAAAAAUUUGCACACAAGAAAGCUCAGGUACAGAAUAUAUCCUGGACAUCUGAUCGUGAAUUUAUCUCCUCCAGCAGUGAUUCCUGUAUCAAACAAUGGUCAGUUCAAUGUUAGUGGGAGGGGCUGUUCAUUAUUAGGGGGAGGAGUUAAAUAAAUGACAAUUAGAAUAUAUUACAAUGUUUGUAGAAUGAAACGGUUGCCAUGGAUUGAAUAUUCAGAGUGAUGUUGUUAAGUAUUUUAGUUUAAUGUAAAAUAAAUCUGUGAAAUCAUGGUUUGGGUUUGAAGUUAGUUAACAUCUUCAUUUACUAAUAUCUUCAUUUGUCUGGCAAUAAAAGAAAUGAAAUAUGUUGAAUUUUACAACUUUGCAGAUUUAUUUUGUUAAUACUGUUAUAGAAUAAUGAUUUUUUUUUAUUCCUUUGGUAUUCCACUGUAUAAAAAAUAUCAUAUAUCCCUUUUAAGAAGGCACCAUUUUGAAAGUUGCCAAUUAUUGUAAUGACUGUUUUAACAAAUAAUCAAAUUAUUCAUAUUGGCUAACAUCUUUUUUUGUUUGUUAAAGAGCACUAUUAACAAUAGAGCAUUUUUUUCUCUGCAAAUUUAUUUUUAAUUUUUAAUUAUGGUAACAAAAAAGAGGUUGACUUAAGUUUGACCUACUUCUAUAAAUGCAAUAUGUAUCAUAUAGCUGUUAUAUACUGUCUUCAUUAAAGAAGAGCCUUAAUAAUAAUUAAUGCAUUUUGUUUAGAUAAAUUUGAAAGUGCUUUUUAUUUUGUAUCUUUUAUAGCUCUUGCUGUGUCUUAAUCAUUAUGACAUUUUUGUCUAGAAAAAGGGGGACACAACAUGUGUUCCCUAACGCCAUGAAUAAGAUUAAUUAAUCUAUUAAUAGAAGUUUUUUUCUCUUUGAAAGAAAGAGAUGUUAAUAAUGAUGUGUGUAAUUAAUAAAAUUAAUGGAUGAAGUUGUCUAUACCUUGUAGAAAAAAAAAUCUUUUUACAAAAAAUGUCUUUCAUCUUACCUUUAAUAUAUGUAAUCAUUGUUAAAACUACUGUUCAAUUAUCCUGCUGAUUUAAUGUCAUAUGUUUGUAAUGUCCGGCCUGUAAUGUCCGGCCUGUAAUGUCCGGCCUGUAAUGUCCGGCCUGUAAUGUCCGGCCUGUAAUGUCCGGCCUGUAAUGUCCGGCUGUCAUUCUAGAAUUGGCCAUUGAAAGUUACGGGGAUUUCAAUUUUAAAACACAACCGAGACAAAAAAUAUAUAAUAAGUUUGUUUCUUCUUUCCGGCAAAAAAAUCUGUUUCUGAUCUUUGGUCAAUAAGAAAAAAAGGGUAGCUAGAUAGGAAUUUUUUUUACAUAUAUAAUUUUCUUCAUAUGUUAUUAUAUAUUUAAAAAAAAAAAUAAAAAGAUUUUGGAAAGUAAAGUUCUUAUUCUGCAAAAAUCAAGAAGUCUACAUACUGAUGAUCAAAAGUUUUGUAGACAGGGUGAUCCGAAACCUUUUUUGUUUUUUGACACCUCGGCAACCAAAUUGUAAGACUGCAUAGAAGAGAUGGCUAGACUUUAAAAUGUCAUUGUUGCCUCCAGCUUUGAGAGAGGUGAUUUAUAUUGUUAUACAGAUGUUUAUUGUCCUAUGAUGAAUGAUUUGUUCAGCAGAUAAGUGCUAAAAUUUGUUUUGUUAUAGCUAUUUUAAUAUCUAUGCAUCUUGUGCAAUUUUGCCCUACUUUCAUGACUCUGAAUUAUUUUGUGUUGUAAAACAUCCCACAGAACAGUCUUCUUUUUUUUCGAAAUAAUUUGAACAUGAAAACCAGUUGCAUUUAAUUUAUGUGUAAAUGUUUGUGAUAGCAAACAGUUAAUGAAAUGGAUGUAUAUUAUUACAUGUAAUGAUGUAGAACCCAACAAAUUUUUCUUAACAUUUAAUAUGUCAUAAAGUGUGCAUUUUUUUAACAGUCUGGAGAUAUAGUUUGUUCAAUUAUUUUGAUGAACAUAAUAAGUUCCCUAUUUGAAAACUUUGCAUGUUGAAUUUUAUUAUCAGCUUUGAUUGUAUGAAUAUAAAAACUAGUUUGAAAAAGUGCUGAUCCAUUGAUUAUUAAAUAUAAGCUGAAAAAGGAAUCGGUGUGAAUUUUAUGAACACAGAUUUAAGAACCAGUCAGAUUUAGUUUCUACGUAACGUUUGAUGUUAUAAUCAUUGAACAUUUUGAAACUUAGGAAAAUAUUAUGUCAUUGCAAAUAAAAACAAGUUCUCAUCCAUUAUUGAAAGUAGGGCAAUCAAAAUCGUUGUACGCACUGCUCAUCCAAAUUAACCAAUCCGACUUGAUUUUGAUAAGUCUUUCAGUUUUAAGUGUUUUAUCCAGAUUCUCUGAAUGUAUUGUUUGGUAGAGAUUGAAUUUCAAGUUAGGCUAUUGUUUGAUUAUCAAGUUAGGCAAUUGUUGUAUUCAAUUUCUGUUUUAUAUAGUAAGUAGAGUAAAGCUUCCAGUGCAGCUCUGAUGAAUUAAAUGCACAAGUAUCAAUUGGGCUCAAUUUCAUAACAUCUCCAAACAUCAGGGAAGGUAACUUUCAAACAUUAGGGGAGAUAACUUGCUAAUAUAGGGGAGUUAAUUUCCAAGUUUCAUCACUAACUUUAUACUUGACAUACUAAAUGUGUUCUAAUCUGAUCUCAAUAAGAUUGAACUAAAAUAGACAGAAAGUUGAAAUUACUGACACAUUUAUAUAUAGUUUUUGUUAUUUCAUACAGAAAAUUAAGAAUCAUUUUAUAAACUAACACUUUAUUCCAAAACUGGUUUGUUCAUGAAAUUUAUAUGAAAAUGAAACUAACACUGGUGUGUAUUGAUAUUUUACAAACACAUUAAUCGGCUUAAGGUAAAAUAUUCUGAUUCAUUACGUAUAUUCUUUUUCCUAUAUAAUUGUGUACUUUUUUAUUAUCUUUUUCCAUGAAAAACUUGGCAACUGUACACACAAUUUAGACAAAAUUGCUUGUGAAUAAGUAAUACUGAUUAAACUUUUUUUUUUAUUUUACACAUUCUACAUUUAUUGCUUAUGAAAAUUAAUCAGCACCAAAUAGAUAUUUGUUUUUCUUUGAAAAUUAAACAAAUUAUGUAGUCUAUAUAGUAAAAUAUAAAACAUUAAAAACUA